GUCCAACGUGAGGAGGUGGGCUAGGAGAGUAGAGCAGGGAUAGGAGGGGUGGAAUGUGGGGUGGGAUGGAGGCGGGGGAGGGGGCAGCUGGAGGAAUAUGGGUACGGGGGUGGAGAGGUGGAGACGGCGGUGCGGCUGGGUGGUUGGAGUGGGAUUGGGGGAUCACGGGGGAGAGAGCGGUCAAGCUUGGUGGUCAAGCUGCAAGUUGUGCAAGGUCUCUUGUCGCGGAGGGGAGUCUUUGUCUGACAAGAUGGGAAAGACGGGCCACGAGCACCUCGUCCGCUCGACGAUCGACAGGUCACCGUGAGUCCGCUGCCGCCCCUACCUCUGCCUCGGAAGCCGUUCAGCCGUGCAUGUGGAUGGGCGAUGGACAGAACAAAACGACCAACGCCGACUAUAUACACCCCACGCCGACUCGCGUUCGCGACAAGGUUAUAAGCGAGCGAACAUGGUCCGCCCGCGAUUACGGCUCCGGCUGCGCGGCUACAAUUGAGUAAUGGAGAUGAACGAAAUCAAGCGACGUCGCCUAUCACGCAGCGGCGUGGCGGGCGAGAUGUCGGCCGAGAGGCCGAACCGAACAGACAUAGUAUGCCAUCUCCGCAUGCUAAUCCACACGACACCACGCAUGUUGCACGCACGCUGCAUGCACCGGAACUAAC